AUGCAUGAUUGUUCUUUAUGUUCAGAUGUUGACACGACCCGUCCCGAUGAGCGUUCCGUGAUAACGUACGUGGCCAGCUACUACCACACCUUCGCCAGGAUGAAGAACGAUCAGAAGAGCGGCUGCAGGAUCGCCAAUAUCAUCGGCCAGCUGAUGGACUACGACGGUCGCAAGGCGGAGUACAGCCGCCUGGUGAGCGCGCUGCUCGACUGGAUCCGCCUGAAGAUAGAUUAUAUGAUGAAUAUACAGAAAAAAUAUAGUGAACAAGAUAUUGUUAAGUACCAAGGUCAAGUAAAGGAACGUUCUGAAAUCGAAGCGUUGUACUUUGACAUCAACACGAUGCAGAAGAGUUUAGUAGGGGAGCCCUCAAGACCUGCAGCGAGCGUAGCAACAGCUGGAACAGUUGCCUUCUCCGUGUUUCAGUCUGUUCUCCGUAAGGGGUACCUAAAGGAGAUGAUCCAAGUGUUGUCCGACCCUCGCUACAGGUCCAACGUGGCGCAGGUUGACGCUAUAGUCAAGAAACAUGAAGCUAUAUCAGUUGAUAUACUCGCCAGAACCGAGCGAUUCGAAGAUCUAUCCGCUAUGACUGCAGAACUGGUGAAGGAGAAGUACCACGCAGAGGAGAGCAUCUCUCACACAGAACAAGCGGUGCUGGGCAGGUGGAGGGAACUACUGGCUCUGUUGGAGAGACACCGGGCGGCGCUGGCUCCCCUGGCACAGAUGAUGGCGCUGCUCAGAGCUCAAUUCCAAUCCGAGGAGGUGGACAGACAACUGGUGGAUGUAGAGCGUCUGCUGCAGGCGAGGAGGGCGCGGGAGACCACUCCUCUGCCGCCCAGGACUCACUGGCUGAUGAUUACACCGGGUAUAUAUUUCCUGGUCGCAGCCGCUAAGGACCGCACGGCGAGGCUCGAGGAUGCAAGGAACCUGUACCAGUUCCUCGAAGAUCACGAGGAGGAAGAAGGUGAGUGGCUCAUGAAGAUGACAUCCGAAUGUAAAGACUUAUAUAUAAUAUUAAAGUCCGUUAGACUUAAGCUGAGCUUUGCAUUUGUGCUGGGUGAUAGAGAAGCAGCGCAUCUGCCGGGCGGAGGUCGCGGCCAAGGAUCUGCGGGCCGUGAUGGCGCUGAGACAGAAACACACCGCGCUGCUGCACGAGCUACGGGCCCGCGACCUGGUAGCCAUGAGGCACAGGAGCAAGGGGCAGAGAUCGGUCUCUCGCUCCAGAAGUCAGACCCAGGUCAUGCUGAGGAGGUGUCGUCCAGACUGCAGGCUCUGCAGACGACCUGGGCGGCGCUGGUGGCCGCCUCCAGGGACAAGGGGGCCAAGCUGAGGCAGGCCAGCCAGCAGAGAAUGCACAGACGGUAA